AUGGCCUCCACGGAGGGAGACGGCGAGGCUGUCCAGACGGGCCCGGCCUUCAAGGAAGUCUGGCAGGUGAGCCUACGUCCUCGGGGCCUGGGCCACUCCCGGAACCUGGCCGGGGUCUACCUGCUGUGCCUGACCGAGAAGACGGUCAGCCUGGUGAGGCUGAACACCGAGGAGGCCGUCGUCGUCCUACAACUGCUCAACAUCCGGCGCUGCGGCCACGCGGAGAACUACUUCUUCAUGGAGGUGGGCCGCUCGGCGGUCACGGGGCCCGGCGAGCUCUGGAUGCAAGUGGAGGACCUGGUGGUGGCCCAGAACAUGCACGAGACCAUCCUGGAAGCCAUGAAGGCCCUCAGCGAGGACUUCCGGGCCCACGGCAGAGGGCAGGCCCUGCCUUCCACGCCCAUCCUGGUGCCGGCCCGACGGCAGCCCCACGCCAAUCCUCCGCCGGGACAAGGGACCUUCCCGUGGAGGAGCCGCUCCGAGGGAGGGAUGACGUCUUCGGGUCGGAGCCCCGCGACCCCGGGGCCAAAGAAGCUGGCGGGCCGGAAGGCGGAUUCCUUGAGCGACUACAGCGCCCUGUCGUCCGACGAAGGCGGCUCCAGCCCGGGAGAGCUGCGUCCCCCUGGCACGCCGGAUCCCUUGAGUGCCGCGGCGGUGGACAGGGAUCUCGACUACGUCAGCAUGGGCCAGCGGGCCUCCCUAGGCAAGUGGCCCUUGGAAGGCCCACCCAGCCAACGGGCAUCUCUGCCUCCGUUGGUCCUGGGCAAGGGAACCCCCGGGCGGCUGCGUCGCCGGCAGACGGCUAGUCCUUCCGCCGUUUCGGCAAGCUACCCUGACGGACUAAAUGUGCCCGUCGGAGACCCGGGGUACAUGGCUAUGCUGCCUGGGGCGGCCCUGAGCCCCGAGGAGCAGGACUACGUCCCCAUGACGCCCAGCGGCGUCUCUCCGUCCCAGGAAAGCGGGGGCUACGUGUUGAUGUCCCCCAGCCGGAGCUGUUCCCCGGACAUGACGGCCCAGUGGGCUGCAGGCGGCGGGGAGGGGAAAUCUCCGUCCGGCGAGUACGUCAAUAUGUCGCCGGCUGGCCCGCCGGCCCUGGACAUCCCCACGGAGUACUUGUUGCUGGGGCCCCCGCCGGUCUUGUCCCCGCCGCACUCCUCCAGGCGUGGCCCCCAUGCCCGCUGGGCCCCCAUUGGCCCCCGACGCCUCUCCUGCUCCUCCUCCACUAGCUCGGAGAGCCUCGAAGAGGCCGCCCACUACCCCGUUGGCCUGUUUGCUGACCCGCUCCGUCGGCCUCUUUGUUCGGGGUCCGACUACGUCAACUUGGCGCUCCGAGGGACGCCCGCGGACGCCGGGCGGGUGCCGUGGGCCGGUUGGCCCUGCGAGGCCGAGGGGAACCCGCCGCCCCCGCCACUGGACCUGGCCCCCAGGGAGAGCGGGCUGAACUACAUCGACUUGGACCUGGGCAGAGGGUCUGUCCCGGACCUGGCCGCCUUCCCUCGGCGCCCGUCGGCCGGCCCCCACCAGGCAGGAGCCCCCCACAGCUACGCCAGCAUUGACUUCCAGCGCCUGGGGGAGCUGCCCGGGCCGGAGGAGACCCCCAAAGGGCCUCCAGAACCCUGACCUUCUUGCCCGGACCUCCAAAGGCCGUUCGGCAUCGGAUCUCGGGCCGAUCAUCAAAUCAAAUGACUUCUAUAAUAUAAGGAAAUCAAAUACAAAUAAAAUAAAAUAUAAACUCCAAAGCAGCAAAUAAAAAU